ACUAAAAAGGAAAGCUUUUUACAAGGUGAACGGAUUUUGGAGAGGAUUAGAUGGUCGUAGGAAUCUUAACGUUAACUAUUCCCUCGUCAUGGAACCACCACCGCCGCCACUGCCUCCGCCCAACUCAACCCCUAAUCAAAUGUGAAAGCGGAGGAGUGCCACUAACAAAGCAAGCUCACCGCUUCUUCUCUUCUUUAACAUCCACGGCUGCCGUCGACGACCCCGCCACCGCUAACCGGUUGAUAAAGAAAUUCGUAGCGUCAUCUCCAAAGUCAAUAGCUUUGAACGCCCUCUCUCAUCUUCUCUCUCCCCGUAAUUCUCACCCUCACCUCUCCGCCAUUGCCUUCCCUUUGUAUACUAAAAUAAGUGAAGCAUCAUGGUACAAUUGGAACCCAAAGCUAGUUGCAGAUUUAGUUCCAUUGCUUGAUAUACAAGGUAAGCACGAUGAAUCCCAAGCUUUAAAUUCUCAAGUUGUUUCAAAACUCAAGUUUAAAGAGCGAGAUCUUGUUCAAUUCUAUUGCAAUUUGAUCGAGUCUUGUUCCAAACAUGAAUCAAAACAAGGGUUUAAUGAUGCUUAUGGUUUCUUGUCUGAGCUUGUUAACAAUUCUUCAUCAAUGUAUGUGAAAAAACAAGGUUUUAAAUCAAUGGUUAGUAGCUUAUGUGAAAUGGGUCAACCUAAUGAAGCUGAGAAUGUAGUUGAAGAUAUGAUAAAAAAUGGGGUUAAGCCUUCAUUGUUUGAACUUAGGUUUGUUUUGUAUGGAUAUGGAAAAAUGGGGUUUUUUGAAGAUAUGGAAAGAAUGGUUAAAAAAAUGGAGAUUGAAGGAUUUGGGGUGGAUACAAUUAGCUCAAAUAUGAUUCUUUCAUCAUAUGGGGCUUAUAAUGCACUACCAAAGAUGGUUCCUUGGUUGCAAAAAAUGAAGGCAUUGGAGAUUCCUUUCUCAAUAAGGACUUACAAUUGUGUGUUGAACUCAUGUCCUAUGAUCAUGUCAUUUGUUCGAGGCUCGGGUGGUUUCCCUGUUUCAGUUUCAGAAUUGGUUAAUGUUUUGGAUGAAGCUGAAGCAUUGUUGGUAAAGGAAUUGGUUGAAUCAUCUUCAGUGUUGGAUGAGGCAAUGGAGUGGGAUGAUUUAGAGUUGAAAUUGGACUUGCACGGUAUGCAUUCAGGUUCGGCUUACUUGAUAAUGUUACAAUGGAUUGAGGAGAUGAAAUCGCGGUUCAGAGUCGAAGAAUGUGUGGUUCCAGCACAAAUUACGGUUGUUUGUGGAACUGGGAAACAUAGUAGUGUUAGAGGAGAAUCACCCGUGAAAACAUUGAUUAAAGCAAUGAUGGUUCAAAUGAAGAGUCCAAUGAGAAUUGAUAGGAAGAACAUUGGUCGUUUUAUAGCCAAAGGACAAGUUGUUAGGAAUUGGUUAAUCCAAAGCUUGGAUUAAUAACAUCUGCUAUUUGUUUUUAGUUUUUUGGUUGGUUUUGAUUUUGUUUUGAUCUUUGCUGAUGCUGGUUUAGGGUUUAGCACGUUCAUGAAAAUAAAAUGGCAUGUGUUAAGAUCGGGUAGAAGCACAUGGAGUGCCUUGUUUUAGAUUGCAUUUUGUUUUUUUUUUUAUUAUUUAUUUAAAAAAUAAGUAAAUUAGUCCCUGUGCGUUAGAUCAAAGAAUAAACUCGUCUUUUUUGUUAAAAA